AUGCAUCAACAUCCUACUGAUGAUGGAGAUGGAUCGCGUCCAGUUGAUGCACAGCAUGUGUAUGACUUUGAUAAACACAUCGAUGGAUUCCCUCAUCCACCAUCACUGGGUAUUGAUCAUGACAGCAGUGGAACACUCUUGUGGACAGAACCUGAAUUCAACGCAUUCAUACAUGACCUGGCAGGAUGGGAUGAUAUUCAUGAAGAAGAUGUAUUGCAUUACAUGAACAUUUUUCAACAUGAUCCCCAGACUGAUGUUAGACUCAUGUACAAACACAUUAUGAAGGAGCUAGGACGUCGUCCUACAGUACAAGAACUCGGCUGUUUGUUACCAGUACUUGAAGGUAAUGAAGUUUGUGACUCCUCCCGUAAAACACCAGGUCAACUUCUCCUCGCGAUGGAGGAGUGCAAAGGAAAACUACAACAGCAAAAGUCUCAAAACAAUGUCUUGGAGGGAGAACUUCAGCUGACACAGAGUCGUAACAAUGUCUUACAGGGCAAUCUGUCGUCAGUGCACAAUGGCCUCAAUGUCCUGAAAGCAAAGAAUAGAAAACUAACGAUGGGAUUGUUUGCUGUGGUUGGAUUUGUGUGUUUAAUGGUAUUUGGUCUCAUACUGGCCUUGUAAAAGAAAUUUACUCAGAAUUUUAACUAAUUUUCCAUCAUAAGAAAUCCAUAUUCCUUAUAUAUAUUUUUAUUAUUCUGUAUGUAUAUAACAUGUGUACCUUAUUUUCAGAAACAGUAAGGAUGCAUUAUGUUCUGAAUUAGUGUCUAUUCUAAACAGAAAAUCCCAAUGUUCUUUUUUAUACAAUUUGUACAUAGUAUAUAUUUUAUUGAAUAUAAAAUAUAUUUUCAAUAAAUUGUUCUAUAAAAUCUUUGCGCAUGUACAUGUACGUGCAAAUGCAAUAAAAUUAGCGAUACUUAUAAACAUUAAUCAUGUAUGUAAUCAUAUUGUUGUAACAUAUAGAAAAUAUUAAUGCAUGUAUUGAAUAUCAUCACUUAAAAUUAAAUAAACAUUUUCUUAAUUACACAAGUGUAUAUAUUUAGUGGGCAAUUAAUAUGAACAA